AAACAAAUCUUCCUACAAUCCUACAUCUCUCUCUGUCUCUCUGUCUCUCUCUCUCAAAAUGGCCGAUAAAGUCUACCCUUCCAAGCCCACCCCCAACGGUGCCGCCGCCACGAACCCGCCGUUCCCCGCCACGAAAGCCCAGCUCUACGGUGCCAACCGCCCGGCCUACCGCCCGCAGCCCCGGCACCGGCACCGCCGCGGCUGCUGCUGCUCCUUCUGCAUCUUCCUCACCCUCCUCAUCCUCGCCCUGCUCUUCCUCGCCGCCAUCCUUGCUGCCGUUGUCUUCCUCCUCUACCGCCCCCAGCGCCCCUCCUUCUCUGUCUCCGCCCUCAAGCUCUCCUACCUCAACGUCUCCCAAUCCUCCUCCACCGUCAGCUCCAAGUUCGACCUCAACGUCACCGCCAAAAACCCUAACAAGAAGCUCGUGUACUACUACGGCCCCAUAACCAUAUCGAUCUCCAGCGAUGGCGUCGACGUCGGCGAUGGUUCCUUCCCUUCCUUCGUGCAUGGGACCAAGAACACCACGUUGCUGGAGACCUCAAUCACGAGCAACGGCGGUGGUGGAGCAAUCGACGCAGGGUCCCUCACGCAGCUGACGUCGGACAUGAAGAGCAAGAACGGAUUGCCGUUGGAGGUGAAGUUGGAGACGAAGGUCAAAGCGAAGAUGGGGAGCUUGAAGUCGCCGAAGGUCAGGAUCAGAGUGACGUGCUUGGGGAUUAAGGUAAGCGUCCCGAGUGGUAACGCAACGGCGACGGUGACGGCGUCGACAGCAGGAGCGAAGUGCAAGGUCGACGCGAGGGUCAAGAUUUGGAAAUGGACGUUUUAGUGAGGACAUGAGGAAGGGGACGUAUAGUUGAUGGAAUCUUUAUGAGUUGGUGGUAUAGUUUCAAAUUUUUUAUACUGGGUAUAUUGUUUGCUUGUAUUAUUUCGAUCCUCUACCAUUGAACUGUCUCUUUCUUAUUUCUUUUGUUCAUUACAUUGUGUUUGUAAAUGGGAUGAAAGUUGGUGGAACUGAUUGUGUUAGGCUUUCAACAAAAACUUCGUCCGAUGAUCCAGAAGUUCUCUUCUUUUCUGAGUGAUUUUGUCAUAAGAGGAGUGAUUCUUGGAGUUCAACUUCAAGCCUGAAAAAGAUUCAAACAUGCAAGUGUAAGAAAGAAACGAAGCUGUAUCAACUUGGGAUGAGUUUAUCUCCGGUCCAUGUGCUGAAGAGCUGUCUCAAUGAGAUCUUCAGAAAGUGCCUAAUCAAGAAGUUUCUCUAGUCGGAUUAGUUUGACAAUUCAUUUAUAUUUAACAAUUCAAUCUCAACAGCAUUUGUCAUCAUUGUUACAUUA